ACUACCGACCGCAAGACCUCAAGGUGAGCUAUACGCCGUGCUCACCGUCGACGCGCUCUAAACAUAUUGUACAUUACCGUCCUGCUCUAUUUCAUCUAGGUCCGCCCGUUUCCGCUGUCUUUAGGCUUGCUCUGGUUGACCGGUUUCUUGCUCUUUUGGACUUAUAGACUCGCCAUGGCCACAUUCUCCUCGACCCCCAUCGUCAUUGAUGGCAAGGGCCACCUCCUGGGCCGACUUGCUUCGAUUAUCUCGAAGCAAAUCCUCAGCGGCCAGAAAAUCGUCGUUGUGCGGUGUGAGGAGAUCAACAUCUCGGGCAGCUUCUUCCGGAACAAGCUCCGGUACCACAACUUCCUGCACAAGCGUCACAUCGUCAACCCUAAAAAGUCCGGCCCUUUCCAUCACCGCGCCCCCUCCAAGAUCCUCUACCGGGCUAUUCGUGGCAUGGUCCCCCACAAGACUGCCCGUGGUGCUGCUGCCCUUGAGCGUCUCAAGCUUUUCGAGGGUGUUCCCCCUCCCUACGAUAAGAAGAAGCGCAUGGUUGUGCCGGAGGCUCUGCGAGUCUUGCGAUUGAAGCCUGGCCGCAAAUACUGCACAGUCAAGCGUCUGUCUCAUGAGGUUGGUUGGGGUUACAAGGAUGUGGUUGAUCGUCUUGAGGAGAAGAGGAAGAUUAAGGCGCAAGCCUUCCAUGAGCGCAAGCUCGCCGCUGUUAAGCUUCGCCAGAAGGCUCUGGUAGAUACCGCCCCCGCAUUCGAAAAGCUCACACAGUUGGGCUACUAGUCGGUGUUGUGUCAUGGCUUCUUCUUCACCCUGCUCUCCACCGACUAUGACACAUUGUCAUGAGAUGUUCUAUGUAACCUCCUAUGCUUUAUUCGCGGCGACGAUACAUGUUUAUGAUGCGCUAUCGAGAACUGAAUGGCAGACGCUUUUCGCGGGUUUUUUUCUGUAUACGAAAUAUUUGUCUAAUGCAGCAGCACUUGAUGAGACUGGAGUAAUGUUUGAUUUGAGACCGCCGAGCC